AUGUCUCGGACGUUAUUCUCCAGCUCAAUAUACCAAAGUCUCAAUUCAAAUACAAGCGAAAUCCGCCUCAUAAACAUCCUUCCAACGCUGGACGAGGGCGGGCGGGUGCAGUGCAAAAUCCUUCAUGCCUCGUUGGACAGCCAGGCAAUCGGGUACACAGCUCUGUCCUAUGUCUGGGGAGAUCCAUCAGUCACCAAAGAAAUCAUUAUCGAGGAUGCUAUUUUCAAUGCGACUGCAAAUCUCGCAUCAGCCUUGCAGUUCAUGCAGGCUUCACUGCCGAGGCUCCCGGAUGGAAGCUGUUUAGUAUGGGCCGAUGCCAUUUGUAUCAACCAGACAGAUGACUUGGAGAAGACUUCUCAAGUGAGAAUGAUGGACAGGAUAUACAAGGAGGCAAAGGAGGUAAUAGCUUGGCUUGGACCAAGGAGCGAUGAAGUGGAAUUGGGACUUCAGUUGCUCAACGAUAUUGGAGGAAACAUGAGGACGGUAGAAGCCUCCGAGUUGAUGCGCCGAUAUCCACAGUACUGGGAGGCGGCCGAUCCCUCGCCUCCAGCCUACAAUAAAUACUGGAACAGCCUCGAUAAGUUCCUAGAUUUGCCUUACUGGAGUCGCAGCUGGACUGUCCAGGAAAUGGUUCUCCCACGCACUCUAUGGUUUCAGAUCGGAGACAAGACCCUCGGAUGGGAGACCCUGAAGGGAAUGGUUGCUCUGCAGAUGGCAGUAAGUCGGGGCAUGCUCAAGAUCCCUAAUCCACGCUCGAAUCUCGCAGUGCACCUUGAGAUGGGUUCGCAGGCCUACCUUCCCCUGCGACUGGUCAACCACUGCAAGGUUCUGCAACAGCAGCCACUUGAUGAUUCUCAACAAAACUUGGUACUAUUCUCCGAAACUAUGGGCCAGUUGGCCACAGAUCCCCGGGACAAGUUAUUCGCUUUCUAUGGCCUCAAUAUCAGCCCGAUAGAGCCAGACUAUACCAAGGAUAUUCGGCAAACGUACGGCGCAGCGGCAACUUCCUGGAUGAGAUCUAGAGGGUUAGACCCUUGCUUAAAGUUUUCAGGUCUCUGUUAUGGUGAUCAUUCAGACUUCAAGCUUCCUUCAUGGGUCCCUAACUGGGAUACAUUGGCUCGGCCUGAUGUUGCUGUAGCAAGGCAGCUUAAUGACAACUUCGGAAAUUACGAGGCCAACAAAGGCCUCCCGGAAGGAGUCACGGGUGUGGAUGACGAGUUUACGUUGCACGAGGUUGGAGUCAUGCGUGGCGCUGUUGACUGGGUAGGAGGCGAUCCCACAGAGGCACAGCACCAAGGUGUGAAGGGAUUCCAGAGUUAUCUGAUUUCUACAAUGGAGAGCUUCACAGAUGCGAUUGAUCAAGCGAAGAGCGCUGUACCCCCUUUGCAGCUUAUUUUGCGAACCAUCAUGCUGGACAGAGUGGAAAGCACCAACCAGAUAAUCGCGGGGACUGAGAAGCUAUACAAAGACUAUAGUCGUGUGGACCAGCUUUGCCGGGCCUUUCUGAAUGUCCUUUCGAGAGCUCCCGGAAAGAGUCCGACUGUCGAAACCAUGACAAGGACCCUUAAGCUAUGCCAACGAUGGGGCUAUGAUCCUCAGUAUGAGACAUUAGUCAACUUUUGCCGGAGCCAAAUUUUCUGGGGCCAUGAGGUUCCGGAGGCCAUAACAGGCAACUCCUUGACCCGCAUUACAUGGAGGUGGAUUCAGGUGCUCAAAUGUCGAUAUAUAGGGCUGUUCUGCGGUCGUGUUUUUCGUGCCUCGGAUGGGAGCGUAGGUCUUGGCCCCUUGAAUAUUCUGCCUGGGGAUCAACUCUGCAUCUUGAGCGGCUGCUCAUUUCCGGUUCUCUUGCGCAGGAUGCCAUCGGAAGUUGGGGAGACUUACUCUUAUGUUGGCCCUUGUUUUGUUCACGGCUUGAUGUACGGCGAGGUUGGGGAGGCAGUAGCUGCUGAGGUAGCAGAGCUAGAUGUUCUUGAGAUUCGAUAA